CACGUUAUAGAAAAAUGAAAGCCAUAUAAGAAACCUAUCAAAAAGGAUCAUAAAGAAAGUAUUUUAUGAAUUAAAUAUUAUUAGCUAUUUCAAAAGAAUAUUAAAAAUUUAUUUCCUAUGAUUUUAUUAAACAAACAAUAGAAGUUCAAGAUGGAUUUUUAUUGAUUUUUUUCCCUAACCGGGAUUAUAAAGAGUUUUUAGUUAAUAGUAUAAGAGGAUUUUACAAAAACCCAUUAGAUAUUUUGUAGACUUAUAGAUUUAGAGUUUCUAAUACUAAGUUGGCAAUGUUAGAUUUACGAAUGCAAACAUUUGAUAUUGAUUAAUUCAAUAUGUCUAUUUCUCGAUAGUUGAUAGGUCAAGGAAGUUUAAUGGUAGCAUAUCAUGGAGUUGGAGAUAGAAAAUUUGGCUAAGAAAUGAAAAGUUAUAUUUCUCUCAGGCUUUAUCCAGUUGUUGUUCCUGAUCCAAAAAUUACAUAAAAGAUAUUAAAUUAAAAAGAAAUUGAUGCUUAAAUGGAAGUUACUCAAUUAGAUAUUGUCGAAAGUCUUUUUGGAAGUUCCUUUUAAUAUUCAAGCAGUAAUUUAAAAUAUUUUAAAAAUGUAGUUGAUGUUAGACUCUUUAUCUUCCGAGUAAUUAAAAUACAAAUUUAAAAUCAAUUGAACGUAUUAGUUGAGAAGUUGUUGAUGUUGUAGGGAUCUUGAAGAAUCAACACCCA